AUGAGGAUGGCAUUCUCAAAAGUAGGAAUUUCUAUCAAAACAAAAAACAAAGAAAUGAAGAAAGAGGGAGAAGCAUUUAUGUAUCUUAUGAGUAAAGAAUGGGGUUACAAAGUUAACAAAGUUGCAAGAAGUACUCCGUCAGAGCGAAUGUUUAAUCAGAAGAAAGAGCUCCCUUACCCCGAAGACAUCAUGAAGUUAUCAUCUUAUUUAGUGGAAAACUUGGAAUCUGUAGAUCUAUCUUACACUGCUGUUAGUGGUAUGAUGUUCAGAUGCAUUGUGAUGCUAGUGGAAGCACGCCUCCUUUUGUACAACCGCAAGAGACCUGGAGAAUUAGAAGCUCUGAGCUUGCAGUGUUACAGAAAUCGAUCAAAGGAAGUCAGUGCAACCGAUCUCUCUCUUAGAGAACAACUUAGCAAGUUUGAGAAGGAAAUGCUUGACAAUCAGGAAUUGGUGGAGAUAUUGGGAAAGAAUGGGACCAGAGUACAAUGUACCGGUUAUUUGUCCGAAGGAGGUUAUCCCUGCAAUGAAUUAUCUUGCCAGUAAAGAAAUUAGAAAAAAGGCAGGAAUAAGAGACGGAAACCCUUUUCUGUUCGCAAAUACUGCUGAAGAUGUUGUUAGGGCUGGUCUGGGUCUGGAGGAAAUACGAACAGAGUGCCGUUCUUUGAAAUUUCCUGAUAGAAUAUACGCUACAAACCUUAGGAAAUAUUGUGCCACUAUUGCCCAAGUAAGUAUUUGGACUUUCUACUUAGUGGCCCAUUGUAAUUUGUUUUGGGAUGUUACUGUCUCCAAGAGCAAAUGAUUGUUUAAUCUUCUGUAAAUUAAUUAAAUGAAAAAUGAAGUAAGGCCUUAUAAAACUUAAAUAAGUUCUCAAGCCAGUGUGCAUCAGUUUGAAGUAAUGCAUUGCAAUUUUGUUCAAUUUUCUUUUGUUAAAAGUAAGUAAAAUGAUAGCCCAAUCGAGAAAAAAAUAUCAGUUUUAUUUUUGCAUUGCUAGGAACUCUUCAAGUUUAACUGUUACUAUUGCAGAUGCUAAUUGGUUUCACUUUUGGUUGGGAAUUUUGACAUUUCUAAAUUCUAGAAGACCAUGAAGAUUUGUUAGUUUCUUUUAGUCUGGGCAGUGACACUAUAUAUGAAAGGAAAAGUCGGGGUUGAGUGAAACUUGAAUCAUACUUACUCCUCAAUUUUUUGGUCCCAUUCUUUGUUAGAUAUUUUUCUUUCUAUCUCUUUUCUAGUUUUUCAAGUUACAUACAUUAACUCCUAAUUUUACAAUUUGACAGUAGGACAUGUUUAACUAUCUAUUCUUCCAUAUUGAUAGUUACUUUAAGGAUGACAUUUACUCAGAAUGAAAAAAAAUUCCACUGAUGAUAAUGAAACCCCAUCUAUUGUAUGUUAUAGAUCUUUGAUUGUAGUGUUAUUUUUCACUUUCAAAAAAGUAGGUCAAUGACCUACUUUUUGAGUAAAUGGCCAUUGAAUAUUUUUUGAAAAAUCAAGAAAAAUCCCAUA